AUGGCGCCACCACGCUCGCUGCCGGAGCUCAUCGAAGACACCGCCGCGGAGGUCCUCCUCCGUGUCCCCCCGUACGAGCCCGCGCACCUCGUCCGCGCCUCUCUAGUCUGCAAGCUUUGGCGCCGCAUCCUCCUCGACCCCGCCUUCCUCCGCCGCUACCGCGAGUUCCACCGGAUACCACCGCUGCUCGGCUUCCUCCGCAACUCAAUCACCGCUAGCCUCACCCAAUCAUUCCGCUUCGUCCCCGCAACAUCAGCAUCCCCCAUCUCCCAGCCGCCGUUCGAUUGCGCCGGAUGGCGAGCGCUCAGUUGCCGCCAUGGGCGUGUCCUCCUUGACACGGGCUUAGACGGCAUCGACCUCGUUGUCUGGGAUCCCAUCAGAGGCGAUCUGCAGAGGCUGCCCAAGUGCAGCAUCACCUUCUCCUUUUACAGCUCCGCCGCGGUUCUGUGCGCCGCGGGUACCUGCAACCACCUCGAUUGCCAUGGCGGCCCCUUCCUCGUGGUCUCCGUGUGCUCCGAUGAAAACCGUGCCGGUGAGAUGUUCGCUCGGGUGGGUGUGUAUUCGUCAGAAACUGGUGCGUGGGACACUCCCGCCCCUCUUAACUUAGUCAAAAACAGUUGCGAGGUCGACCGCAACAAGAGUGGUGCUCUUAUUGGAGAUAACAUCUAUUUCUCCCUUGAGCUUGGUGAAAAAAUUCUGAAAUUUGAUUUGGGCAAUAAUUCCGUGUCUAUGAUGGAUCCGCCGGACUUGUACAACACUGGUGUUCUCCUCAUGCCAACAGAGGAGGGUUCGCUUGGGCUUGCUGGCAUUAGGGGUUCAAGGCUUUACCUAUGGUCAAGAGGGGUGGAUCCAAAGGGAGAUGCUGGCUGGGUACCACGAAGGGUCAUCAAGAUUCAGAAACUGUUCCCCAAUAACAACCCCCGUUACAGACGUAGUGUGAUUGGUUUUGCUGAUGGUGUUGGUGUCAUAUUUGUGAAGACAGAUGUUGGUAUCUUCAUGAUGGAGCUCAAGUCAGGUCGGAAGAGGAAGAUUGUGCUAGCAAAAAACUACAAUCAUCAUCAGAGACAAAUUAAUCACUGUUGCACCAAGGUAUGGCAGUGCCUGGCCAGUGUACAAAUUUACCAAGUUGAAUCUGCUGCAGUUAGCGUCUUUGCAGAGUGCGAGAACGCAGUGGAAAAGGAUGGUAAACAACUUUUUCUAGCAGUGACAUGGGAGCUGACCCUGUGUUGUAGUUCGGUCAAUGGCCAUUUCCUUUGUCUUGAUAUCCACUUUUUUGCUUCAAAGGCUGAACUGAAUCUUUCAUAG